GCUGAGUGGAUGGCCCCAGAAGUGCUAAGAAACGAACCUGCAGAUGAAAAGUGCGAUGUAUAUAGCUUUGGAGUCAUACUAUUGGAGCAUGUCAACAACCUGACUCACUUCUCAUUGGAUUGGACUGCAAAAAUAUUGCUGAGAAGUUCUAGAUUGCCUGGGACAAGUAUGAGAAAGUGUUCUCGGUUGAGAUGAUGACCCAACAUACACUCUGAUUUGAA